AUCAUUUGUCGAUAUUUCCGGAUGUCAUUCUAAAUUUAACAUUGAGAUGGUGACAGAUGUGUAUUAUAGCCCUAAGCACCAGGGCAGACGGCCGAUUUAACUUAAUCUUACCUGGGCUGAUAAUUCCGUAAUGUGUAUUGGCAGUCUCGCCUGACAACAUGUUGGAUGUCCAAGUUGUGAAAUUCCUGGUGAUCGUAGGACUGUUUGUGCUUACUCUUGGUCUGGGAUUGUUACCGUUACUCAUCCUCAGGUGCAUGCAGACACAAACCGCGCGUGGUAUAAGUUUCCAUAAACAAGCCCGUUAUAGGCGAACUUUAAGUAUACUGAGUUGUUUUGCAGCUGGCGUCUUCUUGGCCACAUGUCUAUUGGGACUACUGCCAGAUGUCAGACGAGAUCUGGCAAUGGCACUGGAUGCUCUUCAAUUGAAAACUGAAUUUCCUGUUUCAGAGUUUGCUAUGGUAAUUGGACUCUUUGCAGUACUGACAAUCGAACAGGUUAUUUGUUUUGUAAAGGAAAGAAAAUCAAAACAAACAUUUAUUGGUCACAUCAGCGGUAGUAAAACAUCUCUUGUGGAAAAUGACCAUGGAACUAUGGACGAUCAUGUAGAUAACUGUGACAGAGCAGUAACUAACGAACAUUCAUCCUCGGGAAUUAAUGACAGGCCUUGCUAUUCACCCUCUUAUAGUUUGGACAAAGAAAGCAGCCAUGAUAGCCAUAUCCACUUUGUACAUCAGUAUUUCACACUCCGUGUACUGUGUUUGUUGCUAGCAGUAUCGCUCCACUCGUUGCUUGAAGGACUAGCUGUUGGUUUACAGAGGAGCACAAUGUCGGUUCUGGGGGUAUCCACCGCCCUCUUACUACACAAAGGAAUUCUCAGCUUCAGUCUGGGCAUGAACUUGGUUCAAAGUAAACUAUCGAGGCCCGCCAUAAUAGUGUCUGUAGUUAUAUUUGGGUUAUCUUCUCCUGUUGGAAUUGGAAUUGGAAUUGGAAUAAUUGAUCUUUGGAUUUCUGAAGUAUCUAUCCUUGUACAAGGCAUUCUCCAAGGCAUAGCCUGUGGAACAUUUCUUUACGUAACCUUCUUUGAAGUUCUUCCUCGUGAAUUCAAUUCUAGUGAAAUAAGAUUAGUGAAAGUGACCUUUCUUAUAAUAGGAUUUACUGUGGUGUCAGGAACUGUGUUCCUAGAACAGGAAUAUAAUUAAUGAUUUAGUUGUUUUCAUAUUGGGGAAUCAAAUUCUCGGAAUAUAUAUGUAUUUAUAAAACAUCUAUAACUCAAAAAAACUUACAUAUUACAUUUUGUUUAAGUUAAAAUGAAAAAUAACAAGCGAUAUGUGUGAUGUUUGUUAUUGCAAAUUACGAUUUUGAUAAUUAAAUUAAGAUUAAUCAAGCUGAUAAUACUUGUAGUUGACAUAGAAGGGAUGCUACAUGUAUCUUUCGUCUUUGUAAACAUCAAACACAUCCUCAAUUGUUCACGUCAAGCAUCAUGAUAUAUUUGUUAUGGUAUAAUUGUAUGUAUAAUUGAAGCCUGAGGUUUAAAAUUCUAUAAGGGCCUCGGUGAGAGGUCAGUUAAAGAGCGGUCGCCCUCAUAAUCACAGGUCAAGAUCCGAGGUGUGUGGUUCGCUUUCUGACCUUGUCGGUUUGUGUUUUUAGAGAAGCUGAGAAACGCGCCGGUCUGUGCUGUCGUGGACAAGACACUUUACUCUCUGGGUGACAUGCGACGGGCCUUCCCUAUGCUGUUCAGUGAGCUAGUCAUCAACUACUACACUACAAGUUUACAAGGAGAUCCGCCUCAAAAUGACUCUGACUGUUCACGGGGCGAUAAACCCAGCAAACAAACAAACAAACAACAAACAAACAAACAAACAAA